AUGAAGACACAUAUAUUAUCGGAUGCUGAGCUACUUGAUAUUUUGGAAAAUGAUAAAUGGAUAUCGUCUGACGAAGAAUUUGAUGAUGAUUUUGAUGAAUGUAGUUAUGGUUCUGACGGCGAUGAUGUAGAAAAUGAAGGUGACGAUUUACAAAAUAUUGUUAUUAGUGAUUUUGUGGGUUCUGGAGAGAAUGAAGUCGGUGAGGUUUUAUCUGAAAUUUAUAGUUCUACAAAUUUUAACUGGUCGACUGAUUCACCUCAUGUAAACCAUUUUGAAUUUACAGCUACACCUGGGCUUAAAUGUUUACCAAAUGGAGACAAGCUUAUUGAUUAUUUUAAUUUAUUAGUAACUGAUGAAUUAUUAGACAUGCUUGUAGAGGAAACUAAUAUUUAUGCCAUCGAAAUUUUUUUAAAUUCUGUCUCUGACAAAGCUAGAAUCAGUGGAUGGGUAAAUACAAAUAGGUCGGAAAUGAAAACAUUUUUAAGUUUGUUAUUUCAUAUGGGAACUAUUAAAUUGCCUAGAUUAGAGGAUUAUUGGAAAACAAAUAAAUUAUUUAAUUUACCAUUUUUUCGUACAUAUAUGAGUAGAAAUCGAUUUACUCUAUUACUUCGAGCAUUACAUUUUUCCCGCAACCCAGCUGAAGGGGAAUCUGUUCCUCGUAACAGAUUACAUAAAAUUCAACCUAUUGUAAAUUAUUUUAAUACAAGGAUGAACGAAAUAUUUGAGCCCACUAAAAAUCUGUCACUUGAUGAGUCCAUGGUUUUAUGGCGUGGACGGUUAAUAUUUCGACAGUAUAUUAAAAACAAAAAGCAUAAGUUUGGAAUUAAAAUGUACAUGCUUACAGAAUCGUGGGGAUUUAUACACAGAAUGUUGAUUUAUUCCGGACAAGGGCAUGAUGUUUCCGAGACAAUGACUCAUACAGAAUUUGUUGUCGAAAAUCUUAUGAGUGGAUUACAUCACAAAGGUCGUUCAUUAUACAUGGACAACUUUUACAACAGUGUUCAACUUUCUCGAAAACUGUUACAAAAAAAAAACUUAUGUUACUGGAACUUUACGCUCUAA